UCACACGUAGCCGACUGGCUGGUUUUGUAACCUCUGUGUGCGUGUCAUGUUUUUGAAUGUCAAAAAUGGGCCAGCAAGCCGGUUCGAAAAAAGGGAUUGCUACAAAAAUAAAUAGCAAAACCGGAAUUAGCAGUUUAAUUAUUUUUCUUGUAUUACUUUUAGCAUGGGUUGCUGGCUUUGCAUCUCGUCUUUUUGCAGUCAUUCGUUUUGAAAGUAUUAUACACGAAUUUGAUCCAUGGUUUAACUACAGGGCAACAGCGUAUAUGGUAAAACAUGGGUAUUAUAGUUUUCUGAAUUGGUUUGAUGAAAGAGCAUGGUAUCCUUUAGGAAGAAUUGUAGGGGGUACAGUGUACCCGGGGCUAAUGAUAACAUCGGGGAGCAUACAUUAUAUUUUACAUUUGCUCCACAUAAAUAUUCAUAUUCGUGAUAUUUGCGUUUUCUUAGCUCCAAUUUUUAGUGGUUUAACGUCCAUAGCAACAUACUUUUUAACGAAAGAAUUAUGGUCAGCGGGUGCUGGUCUCUUUGCUGCUUGCUUCAUCGCUAUUGUACCUGGAUACAUCAGCCGGUCAGUAGCUGGCAGUUAUGAUAAUGAAGGUAUUGCCAUAUUUGCACUACAAUUCACCUAUUUUCUAUGGAUAAAAUCUUUAAAGACUGGGUCUGUCUUUUGGGCUGUGGCUGCAUCUCUGUCUUACUUUUAUAUGGUUUCAGCAUGGGGAGGAUAUGUGUUCAUAAUUAACUUGAUACCAUUACAUGUUUUCGUACUUCUUCUCAUGGGAAGAUUUUCAAACAGGCUCUUUACAAGUUAUACUACAUUUUAUAUACUGGGCCUUAUAUAUUCAAUGCAAAUACCAUUUGUCGGAUUUCAGCCAAUACGUACUAGCGAACAUAUGGCUGCAUCAGGUGUUUUCGCGUUGUUAUUUGCGGUUUCAUUCCUUAGAUAUUUACAGACAGUAAUGUCUAAAUCUGAAUUUAAAUCUUUGGUGAUAUUUGGUGGGUUUAUAGCAGCCGGGGUCGUAUUUUUAACAGUGGUGUUGCUUACAUAUGCUGGAUAUAUUGCACCAUGGAGUGGAAGAUUUUACUCCCUUUGGGAUACUGGUUAUGCAAAAAUUCAUAUACCCAUCAUAGCUUCAGUGUCUGAGCACCAACCGACCACGUGGUUUUCAUUCUUCUUUGAUUUACAUGUUCUUAUCCCAACAUUUCCAGCAGGAUUGUGGUAUUGUAUUAAGCACAUAAAUGACGAACGUGUUUUUGUUGUUUUGUAUGCUUUGAGUGCUGUGUAUUUUGCUGGUGUAAUGGUUCGUCUUAUGCUUACGUUGACGCCUGUCGUCUGCAUGCUUAGUGGAAUUGCUUUUUCUGGACUACUGGAGUUAUUCCUUCGAGAAGACGAUAGCGCUGGACCGCCGGAGAGUGAGGAGGAAGAACAUUCCACUCCUAGCAAACGAUUGUAUGACAAGGCCGGUAGAGUUCCCAAAAUCAAACAUGAACAAUCCAAAGAGAGUGACGGCAUUGGCCCAAAUAUAAGAAGUAUCACUACUGUUGUCAUUUUAUUACUUUUAAUGUUGUUUGCUGUCCAUUGCACCUGGGUCACUAGUAAUGCUUAUUCAAGUCCUAGCAUUGUGCUGGCUUCCUAUGGCAGUGAUGGAAGCAGACAGAUCCUUGACGAUUUUAGGGAAGCUUACUUUUGGCUUUCGCAGAAUACCGCGGAUGAUGCAAGAGUGAUGAGUUGGUGGGAUUAUGGUUAUCAAAUAGCGGGCAUGGCAAAUCGUACAACCUUAGUGGACAACAAUACAUGGAACAAUAGCCAUAUUGCCCUAGUUGGCAAGGCCAUGUCUUCAAACGAAAGUGCCGCUUAUGAAAUUAUGACUGCCUUGGAUGUAGAUUAUGUUUUAGUGAUCUUUGGAGGUGUUAUUGGCUAUUCUGGCGAUGACAUCAAUAAAUUCCUUUGGAUGGUUCGAAUAGCUGAAGGUGAACAUCCGAAAGAUAUUAGGGAAAGUGAUUAUUUCACAGAGCAAGGAGAGUUCCGUGUGGAUGCUGAAGGAUCCCCGACACUUUUAAAUUGUUUAAUGUACAAACUUAGUUACUAUAGAUUUGGAGAAUUGAAAUUAGAUUAUCGUUCGCCAGGCGGUUAUGAUAGAACUAGGAAUGCUGUCAUAGGCAAUAAAGAUUUUCAACUAACUUAUUUGGAAGAGGCAUAUACUACUGAACACUGGCUUGUUAGGAUAUACAGGGUGAAAAAACCAGAUGAAUUUAAUCGGCCUAGAAUACCAGUAGCAAACAGAGUCAUAAAAUCAUCAAGCUUUGUUUCGAAGAAGAGUUCGAAACGUAGAAAGGGUACAAUAAAAAACAAACCUGUUUUAGUUAAAGGCAAACGUCCCCAAGCAUCUAAGUAGUAAGAAAAAGUGAAUGCUUCUAAGGAGCCUAGUUAAAUCAUAUUCAUUUUUGUUGUUCGUAAAUCACUUUUUUUAUCAUAAAUAUAAACCGGGUUUAUAAUACACUUUUUAAAUGUUAUUACACUGUGUUCAUAUGUCCAAUCUCUAAAAUUUUACGUUUUUGGCAAUAAAAGUUUAUGUUAAAAAGAUCACUAUGUGAUAUUAUGUGAAAAUACAAGACUUUUGCACUGGUUUAGAAGUUAUUUGAACUUAAUCCUACAAAAUAUUGUCCUUAGCGUAGCAGCGCCAGAUAAC